GGGGACUCCUGAUCAAAUGACCCUCCUGGCCAAUAUUUUGCCCGCCCCAGGUUCACGCUCACAAACAGAUAGGUGUGGGGUGAUAGCGGAGAUGUGGUGAGUAGACCAUGAAGGAAAUAAAUGCGGAGGAUCCUAGAGAUGUCCGAUGCCAUCCUUUGCUCCCUUUAUUUGUCCUUUUUGUGACUUACGGUGUCAUAUCAGGUUUUGUGAAAGUGGAGCCAUCACAUUCAACUUUCAUGUCACAGAUAUGUCAAGUGUAUCUUCUGUUUGGAAUUGCUAGAUUAGACAUUAAUCAAUCAUUCUUAAUGGCUGAAGCUGAGUGAUGGGAAUUUCAUUUUCCUAGUUUUUUUUUUUUUUUUUAUUGUGCGUGUUUGAAAAUGUACAUAGUAAAAAAAAUUUUUAAUGGAAUUAUUUGAAACAGCGCCUAAUCUAGGCAUAUUUUUCAGCUCCUCUGCCUCUGAUGCGGAAUUUGAUGCUGUGGUUGGAUAUUUGGAGGACAUCAUCAUGGAUGACGAGUUCCAGUUAUUACAGAGAAAUUUCAUGGACAAGUACUACCAAGAGUUUGAAGACACGGAAGAGAAUAAACUCACCUACACACCUAUUUUUAACGAAUACAUUUCUUUGGUAGAAAAAUAUAUUGAAGAACAGCUGCUGGAGCGGAUUCCUGGAUUUAACAUGGCAGCUUUCACAACUACAUUACAGCAUCAUAAAGAUGAAGUGGCUGGUGACAUAUUUGACAUGUUGCUCACAUUUACGGAUUUUCUGGCUUUUAAAGAAAUGUUUCUGGACUACAGAGCAGAAAAAGAAGGCCGGGGAUUGGACUUAAGCAGUGGGUUAGUGGUGACUUCACUGUGCAAAUCAUCUUCUACACCAGCUUCCCAGAACAGCCUGCGUCACUAGGUCCUACAUACUGUCACUGGCCCAGUAGGCUGGGAGAGCCCUCAGCUAAAGAUGACAGAAUACAUCUUGGAAAGACUGA